CACUCCGCUAUGGCGGCCUCUUUGCUCUCAGGAGCCGGCGCGGUGGGCCGAGCCUGCCAGCCCCAGCAGCGGGUUUCUUCUCCGACGGGGGCGGCAACGGCGCGGGCGCCAAAGCCCCGGACACUUCCUUGUUCGUGCCUCUGCCCGUGUCGCCUUCAUCGCCUGGCCCGGAGGGGGACAUUGGAGCCGAGCUCACGCGCCCGCUCAACAAGAGUGAAGUCCUGAAAGUAUUAAAUAAAUUUUACAAGAGAAAAGAAGUACAAAGACUGGGGGCAGAAAAUGGACUAGAUGCUCGUCUGUUUCAUCAAGCAUUUAUAAGCUUUAGGAAAUACAUAAUGGAAUCAAGUUUCUUGGGUCCUGAUGUGCACAUUCUCCUAAAUGAUAUAUGCUGUGGUGCUGGGCACGUUGAUGAUCUGUUUCCAUUUUUCAUGAGACAUGCUAAGCAGAUUUUUCCUAUGCUGGAGUGUAUGGAUGAUCUGCGUAAAAUCAGUGAUUUGAGAUUGCCACCCAACUGGUAUCAGGACGCCAGAGCUAUCCAAAGAAAAGUUGUAUUUCAUGCUGGUCCUACAAACAGUGGAAAAACCUAUCAUGCAAUCCAGAGAUAUUUAGCAGCAAAAUCAGGAAUAUACUGUGGCCCUUUGAAGCUUCUGGCACAUGAGAUCUUCCAGAAGAGUAACGAUGCUAAUGUGCCAUGUGACUUGGUAACCGGAGAAGAACGUGUUUGUGUUGAUCCUGAAGGCAGGCAGGCUGCCCAUGUUGCUUGCACUAUUGAGAUGUGCAGCGUCACUACACCUUAUGAAGUAGCUGUGAUUGAUGAAAUCCAGAUGAUUAAAGAUCCUUCCAGAGGUUGGGCCUGGACACGAGCGCUCUUGGGACUCUGUGCAGAAGAAAUCCAUGUUUGUGGUGAGGCUGCUGCUAUUAACUUGGUGACAGAGCUCAUGUAUACUACAGGGGAGGAGGUUGAGGUGAGAAACUACAAGAGACUCACCCCUCUAAAAGUCCUGGAUCAGGCCCUUGAAUCUCUAGAUAACCUUCGCCCUGGAGACUGUAUUGUCUGUUUCAGUAAGAAUGAUAUUUAUUCAGUGAGCCGGCAAAUUGAAACCCGGGGCCUAGAAUGUGCUGUCAUAUACGGAAGUCUGCCACCUGGGACAAAACUUACGCAGGCAAGGAAAUUCAACGAUCCCGAUGAUCCGUGUAAAAUCAUGGUUGCUACAGAUGCAAUUGGAAUGGGACUCAAUCUGAGCAUAAAAAGAAUAAUUUUUAACUCCCUCAUUAAGCCAACUAUCAAUGAGAAGGGUGAGAAGGAAAUGGAUACAAUUACAACAUCUCAAGCUCUACAAAUCUCAGGCAGAGCGGGAAGAUUUAGCACUGUAUUUGGAGAAGGGGAAGUCACCACCAUGCAUCGAGAUGACCUUCCUUUGUUAAAGGAAAUCUUGAAUAAAUCAGUGGAUCCUAUAGUGACUGCUGGCUUGCAUCCUACUGCUGAACAGAUUGAGAUGUUUGCAUAUCAUCUUCCAGAUGCCACUCUAUCAAAUCUACUUGAUAUUUUUGUGAGCCUCUCUCAAGUUGACGGCCUCUACUUUGUGUGCAAUGUUGAUGACUUCAAAUUUCUAGCUGACAUGAUUCAGCACAUUCCACUGAACUUGAGAGCCAGAUACGUGUUUUGCACAGCACCCAUCAACAAGAAGCAGCCUUAUGUCUGCACUUCGCUGUUGAAGUUUGCACGACAGUUUAGCAGAAAUGAACCUCUGACAUUUGACUGGCUGUGCAGGCAUAUUAAUUGGCCUCUAGUCCCACCCCAGAAUAUAAAGGACCUUGUACACCUUGAAGCUGUUCAUGAUGUCCUCGAUCUGUAUCUGUGGCUGAGCUACCGGUUUAUGGACAUGUUCCCGGAUGCUGCUCUCGUCAGGGACAUACAGAAGGAGCUGGAUGACAUUAUACAAGUCGGGGUGCUUAACAUUACGAGACUGAUCCGAGCAUCGCAGGCCACUUCUGGGUCUGUCACUUUACCAGACGACUUUCCUCUCCAGAGGGCUAGCAUUGGCGAUGGGAUGUUGAAUGCGGAAGACCUCCCAGAGGCUAACGGAGAGCUUUUCCCAAGCGAUGUGAAGACCCAAGGGCACCGACGAGCAAGGGGAUCCAAAGCGAUGAACUAUAGGCCUGCUGAAGCACAGGGCCGAGCUCAGGGUGCUCUGGCUGCCAGACUAAUACAGCAGGGACUCCUCACCCAAGAUAUGCUGAAACAGUUGGAGCAUGAGUGGCUAGCUCGUCGCAAUGGCGGUGCCACAGAUGAAAACACAGGCCCAAACAAAGGGAAGAAGAGGAAAUAGGAUGCUGUGUCUUUGCAAAAUAAAAAUUAUAUUUAAUAAG